AAUGAAUAUAACCUAAAGAUAGAUUUUGAUCGGAAAACAAAAAACGAAGAUAGAAUCAGAGAUUCGUAGAUUUAUCGAUCGAAGAUGAAUACUGACAUCACUGCCUUGGAGAAGCCACAAUACCCAGUCGUUGAUCGGAAUCCUGCUUUUACUAAAGUCGUCGGCAAUUUCAGCACUCUCGAUUACCUCCGUUUCUCUACCAUCACCGGCAUCUCCGUCACCGUCGGCUAUCUCUCUGGGAUUAAGCCUGGUAUUAAGGGACCGUCGAUGGUUACUGGAGGAUUGAUCGGACUCAUGGGAGGUUUCAUGUAUGCGUACCAGAACUCUGCAGGUAGACUCAUGGGGUUUUUCCCUAAUGAUGGUGAGGUUGCUAGUUACCAGAAGCGUGGUGGUUUCUCCAAAUGACUUUAGGUUUAUUUUCUGGAUCUGGUGGCUUCAUUUUGGAAUUUGAAACCCUUUUUUCUCUGUAAUUUCUUUGAAUUUCUCUGCUGUUUGAGGAUAAUAUGUGCCUCUGUUUGUCUGUUAUGACCUGAUGAUGAUCAAUAAGAUUUGAGACAGCGAAUUGUGGUGAUAGAUUUUUGUGAUUGUGAGUGAUGUUGCAAUAAGGAAUCUUUAGUGCUGCAAUUAGACUAGUCUGAUAGGUUUCUUUGUUGUCUAAGUAUUGGUUUGUGGAUAGAUGUAUCAUUCCAGAUGAAACUAGGAGCAGGCUGCAUUCGAAUCCCUCUAGGCACUUUGUCCUGGGAAGAAUUAUUGGUCCUCAUUGUCUAUCUAGCUUCUGGAAUUUCCCUGUGACAUUAUUCUGGUGCAAAGUCAAAGCUAUGUUGAGGUUUUUGUGGUUUGGGCUGUAAAUGAUUUCUUCUAGGAUUGCCAUUGUAUCCUAGAGGUGAUUGGUGCACUCAAAGCAAUCAGAUGUUGUAGCUUCUUCCUCUGUGGUUUCUUGUUGUGCAGAGGAUGCAUGUAUCAACAGGUAAAAGUUAGAGUCGAUCUAAUUGAUUCGUUAAGAAGAUAGAUGGGCUUUGCCUUGUUGAUGGAAUAUAUGAUCUUCCUAGUC